AUGAAGAAGAGUAUUACGAGCGAGAUUGCGCGGGACGAUCAGAAGCUUAAAAAAACUUCCGCAGAUCUGAUCGGCGAAGAUGUCGAGAUCGAUGAAGAAACUGUUGGAAACGGCGGGUAUGACAUAGCGGAUUCGAGUGUGUGUGCAAUCCUGGUCACGAGAAAUAGCGAGGAUGGGGCUGUUAGAGUCAGUGGUUUGGAGAACGAGGACGAAAAUGUAGUGACUGGUCCAAGAGAGAAAUCGGGCUAUUGCAUCGUCGUCGUGAAGUCUGGCCAGUUAUGCUCCAUAUUGGGAAAGCCCACUUAUCGCUUCAUAAGACGUUGGACAUGA